AUGGCCGAUUUCAACAUCUUAAGCAAGACGCUCAGCGCCGAUCAGGUUAUUCUCAAGGGCGAAAAAGGAUACGAGGAAGCCAUCAAUAUUGGUAACCUCAUGUAUCGAUACACAACUCCAGCUGCUGUGGUCAAAGCGAAGUCUGAAAAUGAUGUCAAAUCGACGAUUGUCUUUGCACACAAGAAUAAACUUCGUGUCACUGUCAAGAAUGGAGGCCACUCAUACAUGGGCUACUGUCUCAACGAGGGCGGAAUUGUCCUUGAUCUCAGUCGCAUGAACACAUGUCACAUUGACAACGAAAAGAUGCUUAUACACAUGGAUGCUGGCCUUAUCUGGAAGGAAGUCUACAAUAAGUAUCUUGAAGACAAGCGUAACAUUGUCAUUGGUGGCCAAUGUCCCUAUGUUGGAGUCAGUGGUUUCACCCUUGGAGCCGGACUCAGCCCUUUCUCACGAAGCUAUGGCUUAGGCUGUGAUAACCUCGUUGAGAUGACCAUUAUCACAUGGGAUGGAAACAAGAUCACUGUUUCCAGGGACGACGAGGAUGCCGAAAAGAAAGAGUUGUUCUGGGCCCUGGCCGGAGGUGGUGGCGGUAACUUUGGUGUUACAGUCAGUAUGACUAGUAAGUUUCAUAAGCUCAACGAUGAAAAAGGACAUGUGGUUUGUGGUAGGCUGGUCUGGAAUCUUCCUCAGCAGAAGGAAGAUUUUGAAGACAUGAUGAACGCUUUCAACACGACAAAAUGCCCGAAUGCGCUGACUCUUGAUGCCUUCUGGUCCCAUACCAAAAAUAAACAGCUCACCGGUAGCAUGACCGUCAUUUACAACGGUGCAAUGGGCAUAGCGAGGGAGGCUUUGGAGUAUUUGCUGGCUUUCAAUCCGUCAAUCAUUGAACUCGAAGAAAUGGAAUGGACUAAUUGGGUGCACAAGUCCGAGGGUUGGGACCCCAAGAGCAAGGUCUUCCAUCAUCAUGCAUCUUUCAUCUUCGCCGAAGGGGCUAUCACUCGAGAGCUCACUGCGAAAAUCUCCCGCAUUGUUGAGGAGGCAACAAAGGUGGUUGGCAUUACUGAGGAUAACGAGUCAAAUAGUCCGAAGUGUCAUGUACUUUGGGACCAUAUUGGCGGUGCGACGGAGGAGGGCAUUGCUUCGGAUGCGACGCCGUUCCCCUGGCGUCAAGGCCACUAUGUCUCCAACAUUAAGAUGCAGUGGACCUGUCCAAAGAAGACCAAACAAGUCCAUGAUUUCAUCAGAAAGUGUCAAGCCGAGCUUCUUCCCUACGCGAUUGAGCAGAAAGCCGCUUAUAUCAACUACAUCGAUAGAAACGUCAGAAACUGGCAGGAGGCGUAUUACGGCGCCAACUACCGACGACUGCAGGAGAUCAAGACUAAGUGGGAUCCUCACAACGUCUUCUGGAACUGGCAAUCCAUUGAACUCAUCAAAGAUGGCAAGACGGUCCCUAACCCUGGCAGUGUAGAGGAAAUGGAAAGCUGGUGGAAGGAAUAUGCUCCCCUGGUUGAUCCAGAGAGUAUGUCUUGGCCAGAGACGGAGCAGGAUGUUUAUGAGAGGGAUGCUAAACUUCGGAAGAGGAUUUGUAGUGAUGUUCAGCUUAAUGGAACUGUAACAGCUUAG